CGUUAGUCGGAAAUCCAUAGGUCCAUAACCUUUUUUAUUCAGGCAACUCCCCGUCGAUACUUCUGCAGAUAAAUUCUUACACGAGAGAGGAAUCUGAUGAAGAGAUGGAUCUUUGGAGUUUGGACUCUCUCUCUCUCUCUCUCUCUGGAGUCUUCGUGCCAAUAACAACUCGCCAAACAUGAACGCGACAGCUUCACACGGCCGGCUCAGUGCUCAAACCUCAUCAUCUAUUUCAUCUCUUCAUGUUCAGAAGGGCGAAAAGGAGAGAAGGGCCAUGAACUCGAAGCUCUUACUCCCAGCAUCGGCAGCCGUUGUAUUAUUCUCUGCGUUGAUCGUAAUCAUCGCCACCCUCAGACCUGGGGGUCUCGAUCUUCUCCGCCGAGAAACCGAUGUGAUAGCCGGGAGAGUGCAGGCUGUCCCGAUAGAGAGGGCAGUUGGGCCCGAGAGCUUCGCGUUCGACCCUCGAGGAGACGGGCCCUACACCGGCUUGUCGGAUGGUCGGGUUGUCAAGUGGGUCGAGCAUGAGAGGAGGUGGGUCGCUUUCGCUUACACUUCUCCUAACAGAGAGGAAUGUGAGGGGCCACAUGACCAUGAAGCAAUGGAGCACAUCUGUGGGCGUCCGUUGGGCCUGGGCUUCAACCAUAACACAGGGGACCUCUACGUUGCAGAUGCGUAUAUGGGUCUGCUCGUGGUGGGCCCAGACGGCGGCUCAGCCACCAAGGUGGACGUCGCAGCCGGAGUCGACCCCGGUCCGCUGAGAUUCGCCAACGGAUUGGACAUUGAUCAGCGUAGCGGAACCAUCUAUUUCAGCGACAGCAGUACCAAAUAUCAGCGCAAGGACUACAUAUCUCUUAUCCUUGCCGGUGACAAGACUGGAAGAUUAAUGAAGUACGACCCACAUACCAAACGAGUCGAAGUCCUGCUCCAUUCCCUUGCAUUUGCAAACGGAGUAGCCAUGACUUCAGACGGCUCCUCUGUCUUAAUUUCCGAGACCAGCAGCUGCAGGAUCCUGCAGUAUUGCCUCAAGACCGGGACAACCCGCGUGUUCACGCGGCUCCCCGGGUUUCCCGACAACAUCAAGAGGAGCCCCCGGGGUGGGUACUGGGUCGGAAUCUUCAGUAGGAAGGGGAGGUUACUGGACUGGUUGCUGGCCAAUCCUAUGGUUGGGACGGCCCUGACUAAGUACGUCCCGAACCAUACGAAAGUGGCCCUCUGGUACACUAGGUGGAGGGGGAGGGGCCUCGCGGUGAGGCUGGGCGAAGAAGGUGAGGUGUUGGAGGUUUUGGAGGGGGAGAGCAUUGGGAGUGAAUGGAAGUCCGUGAGUGAAGUGGUGGAGAUGGAGAUGGAGACGGAGAGGGGCGGGAAAAACAAGUUUUGGGUCGGUUCCGUAAAUAUGCCAUUUGCAGGGACUUUUCUGAGAUGAAAAAGUUGGAAGUUAGUUGCUUCUGAUAGCGGUUGGUUGGUUAACGAAUUCUUUUCGGCCCCAAAAGUAAUAAAAGAAAGUUGGUCGAUGUUUAAUUUGCACAUCCAUCAUUAAGUGUGGUGUAGAUGUACAAAAUCACCAUAUAUAGUUUUUGAUCUAUGA